AUGUACUUAAUUUCUCCAGAAUGGAGUUCCAUUGAUCCAGCAGAGAGAAAGCGUCUAUGUCAAACAUCUCUUGAUGAUGGUGAAUUCUGGAUGAAGUUUGAGGACUUUAAAAUAUACUUCGAUAAAGUUGAGAUUUGCAACCUCACCCCUGAUGCACUAGAAGAUGACACAGAUCAUAAAUGGGAAGUGACUGUCCAUCAAGGAAGCUGGGUCAGAGGCUCCACAGCUGGAGGAUGCCGUAAUUUCCUAGAAACCUUUUGGACAAAUCCCCAGAUUAAGUUGAGCCUCAAAGAGAAGGAUGACGGACACAAUGAGUGUACCUUUAUUGCAGCUUUGAUGCAAAAGAACAGGCGGAAGUUGAAAAAAGUGGGAGCUGAAAUGUUAACUGUAGGAUAUGCAAUUUAUCAGUGUCCUGGAGGUCAGUCCCAGAUGACAAAAGAUUUUUUCAAGUUCAAUGGAUCUAAAGCAAGAAGCAAAACGUAUAUAAAUUUGAGAGAGAUCUCCCAAAGAUUUAUACUUCCACCUGGAGACUACAUGAUUAUUCCUACAACAUUUGAGCCGCAUCAAGAAGCAGAUUUUUGUCUUAGAAUAUUUUCAGAGAAGAAAAUGGAGAUUAAGGAGAUGGAAGGAGAUAUAACUGUGGAUAUUCCUGAUCCACCGAAACCAAAUCCCCCACAUAAGGAGACUGAAGAAGAAAGACAAUUCCGUACCUUGUUUGAACAAAUUGCUGGAGAGGACAUGAAGGUUAGUGCUGAAGAGCUGCAAUAUAUUCUGAAUGCUGUUCUACAAAGAACAAAGAAUAUAAAGUUUGAGGAACUAAGUCUCCUGUCCUGUGUAAACAUAAUCUCUCUUAUGGAUACUAGCGCCAAUGGAAAACUUGGAUUCGAGGAGUUCAAAAUCUUCUGGGACAAGCUGAAAAACUGGAUUAAUAUAUUUCUCCAGCAUGACAAUGACAAGUCAGGAACGAUGUGUUCAUAUGAGCUACGACUGGCCUUUAAAGCAGCAGGGUUUCAGCUUAACAACGCAGUGUUGCAACUGAUUGUCCUAAGAUAUGCUGAUGACCAUUACCAGAUAGAAUUUGAUGAUUUCCUGAAUUGUUUGAUUCGUCUGGAAAAUUCUUUUCGUGUGUUCAACUCACUUAACAGUUUCAAGAAUGAUACAAUUAGUUUAAAUCAAGCAGAGAAAUUCAGAACUGUCUUGUAUCUUGUACACCUUUUCUGUGUUAUCUCAAAAAGACUGGGUGUGGUGGGUCUGUUUGGGAGGGCUGACAACACUCCGUUCACAGAAAUGGUCUUUACAGUGAUAAAACCUUUGGAGAUGUGCUGCGUAUUUUAA